CUGCGUGCGCGCAUAUGUCCCCUGCGCGUGCACGCGAGUGUGGGAGUGGGAGUGAGAAUCAGCAGCAAAGAGAAAGAUCCACGCAAGACGCACCUCUGGAACAAGAACAGGACCGAAGUUAGAGAUCCGCAGUCAUGAGCGUCCCCAAGCCGCGCGGCAUCGUCCGGGAAGCUUCCCACCAGAUCAUCGCCGGCGGUUCCGCAGGUCUGGUGGAGAUCUGCCUGAUGCACCCUCUGGAUGUGGUGAAGACCAGGUUCCAGAUCCAGAGAGGAACCAGCGACCCUAACAGCUACAAGAGCCUGGGGGAUUGCUUCCGCACUAUAUUCCGCAACGAAGGGAUCCUGGGCUUCUACAAGGGAAUCCUGCCUCCCAUCGUGGCCGAGACGCCAAAGAGGGCUGUCAAGUUUUUCACCUUCGAGCAGUACAAGAAGUUGCUGAAUUUGACCCCUUUGUCUCCUGGCCUGGCGUUGUCCGCAGCAGGACUGGGCGCAGGGUUGACCGAGGCCGUGGUGGUCAAUCCCUUCGAGGUGGUCAAAGUCAGUCUUCAGGCCAACAGGAACGCCUUCCAAGAGCAACCGUCCUCGUUUGGCCAGGCCAGACGCAUCAUCAACUCGGACGGCUUCGGGCUGAAGGGUCUGAACAAGGGACUGACGUCCACGCUCGGACGCCACGGAGUUUUCAACAUGAUCUACUUUGGCUUCUAUUUCAACGUCAAAGACGCCAUUCCUGCUAACUCGGACCCGACCCUGGAGUUCCUGAGGAAGUUCACCAUCGGCCUGGUGUCGGGGACCAUCUCGUCCUGCGUCAACAUUCCCUUCGACGUGGCCAAGAGCCGCAUCCAGGGCCCUCAGCCGGUUCCUGGAGAGAUCAAGUAUCGCACCUGCUUCCAGACCAUGGCUUUGGUCUACCGGGAGGAAGGGUACUUGGCACUCUAUAAGGGUUUGGUGCCAAAGAUAAUGAGACUUGGGCCAGGUGGCGCUGUGAUGCUGCUGGUCUACGAGUACGUGUCCGGGUGGCUGCAGAGGAACUGGUAACCACGCCAACGAACAACAACAACAAAAAGCUACCCUAAUACCUGUAGUAGCCAGAAGUCUUUAUGAAGUAUCUUAGUGAGUAUUCAUCCAAAUAGAAUCUACUAACAUUGCAGUUUGGACCUACAGAUUGCUUUUAAUACCAAAUAUUGUAUUUUUAAUACCAGCAUUGCAGUAUUUUCAAUAGUUUUUUGUUUUUUUUCAAAUACUUUAAACAGCUUUAUGUCAAGUUCUCAGGAAGUGCAGAGAUCUUAACAGCCAUAAGAUGUCAUGUAUGCAUACUGUACGCAUCGCAAUAUUUGCACUGUCAAUCAUACAUGAUUGACACAUUAUGUAUGUUGUAUAUACAUACAUAUAUAUAUAUAUAUAUAUAUAUAUAUAUAUAUAUAUA